AUGAUCAGCAACCCUUUCUCCCAGUCGGCGCAGAGCCAGCCGGCAGUUACCAAUCCCUUUGCUGCUGCUUCGGCGAAGCCUGGCAAAAACGAACUCAACCCAUUUGGUUUUGGUGGUGCAGGCGACUCAGCACGAGAAAAGCAGAACAGCAAGCGAAAGGGGGCGCUAACAGAGCAGAGGGACAAUCAUGGAUCGAAGCGCAAAGGCGGCAAGCAAUCUCGUGACAAAGAUGCCGCGGUGAGCGACAGCGACACCAGCAAGCGAAAGCGCCGCGAUGGCAACCAGAAAUCUGCGCCCAACAGUUUCCUGUCCAAUGGCAACCCCGGCGCAAAAAAGCUUCAAACUCGAAAGCCCCGGCUUGAGAACGGCUCUGUCGCAGGCAAUGCUACUGACGGAUCCCGGCCGAGCUCCUCCUCCAGCCAGGCGUCCAACGAGAUUGACGGUGCCACCGAGCCACCAAAGGCCCCAAACACAUCCGAUCCGCAUGCGAAGAAAGUGUACAUCCAACUGCACAACGAUGGUAUCAGUCCACCAAACUGGCCAUCGCGCCCGGGCGAUCCUCGAAAUAAGUCUGCCAUGGCCAAGUUUAGAGAGCGGUACGAGGGCUAUCGCACGAAAGUACGCGCGUCAUUAACCAAGGCUGAUUUAAUCGACGACCCGACGAAGCGGAGAACUCUGGAAGAUGCCAUCGUCUUUCGCGGCAUUUGCGAAGACAUGUGUCCUGAAUACGAAAAGAUCCAACGCAUCACUGAGCUUGAUGUGGUUGGCCCUGAGAAGGACCCCAAGGACAAUGUCGCUUCCACCCAAAGAAUGGUCAAGAAAUUGGCCCGCUCGGCUGCUGGCCAAGAGGCACCGUUGCCAAUGGAUGUACGUUCCGUACCUGCAUUGCGGCGAACCCUGGACUACCUGAUCGAUGACCUCCUGAAAAACGACAAAAACUUACCUGGGCUUCACGGAUUCUUGUGGGAUCGCACGAGAGCUAUUCGUCGUGAUUUUGCCUUCUUUUCGUCCCUGUCGCCUGACGAGCUGAAAACUCAAAUAUAUGUCCUGGAAAACAUCGCACGAUUUCACGUCACAGCACUUCAUCUACUCUCUCAGGCCGGCAAAAAGCCAGAAGACUUUGUUGAGCAACAGGAGCUUGAGCAGCUUGGAAAGGCGCUCUUGUCGCUCCGUGACCUGUACGACGACUGCAACGAGCAGGGCAUAGCAUGUGAGAAUGAGCCAGAAUUCCGAGCCUACUACCUUGUUUUCCACGCCCAUGAUCCAAAUAUCAUGGAAGUUUUACAGAGGCAGUGGAGCUCACACCUUUGGAAGAACUCGGACGAGGUUCGUACAGCAGUUUCGCUCGUGGAAGCUCUGCAGAACACCAAAGAUUUCCAUGGCCCGCUAAAGCCCGCCCCCGCGCUGGCUGCAGGUGGUCCUCUGCAUUCCUAUUUCCGGAUAGUAGAGGACCAGGCGGUCUCUUAUACCAUGGCUUGUUUUGCCGAGUGUCAUUUUGCUUCUCUUCGCCGCUCUAUGCUCAUCGCACUUGUAAGGGCGCUGGCUAGGCCCAAAGACGAGACGAAAGACGUCAACGCCGAAGCUCUGAACCGCUUUCUCCGAUUCGAUACCAUUGAUGAGGUGAUCGAGUUCGCGGAAGCCCAUGGACUGGAAUUUGAAGCAGAUCCAGAGGCUCCAAAUGAUGCCGGGCGGCGACGGAUUCUGCUCAGGCCCAGGCAGCAAGUUCCUCAUAUUCGGUUACAGCAUCAAUACUCUCAGAAACUUGUUGAGCAGAAGCGAGGCUCUCACACUCUUCCAAACGUCAUCCAUAAUACAAUAUUCCCCAGCGGUCAUGCUCCUGUAGCAAAUGGCCUUGGAACUAAAUCAGCCCUUGCUGGCUCUCAACCACCAAUCAACGCAACCAGUUCGACCAAACCUGCUAUUUCCAAUGGCGUUCCACCACCGGCUGCCCCGUCCAUCUUCCAAGCACCAGCACAGGCCGCCAGCUCUUUGUCCACUGGGGUUGGAUUUACAGGAUUCCCAGCACCAUCUCAGCCAGCACCAGGAUUCAGCUUUCCCAAAACACAGCCUUCAGCAACUAAUGUACUGGCUCCUUCGAAGCCUUCAGACUUGAAGCCAUCAUUCAACCCCUUUGCCAGCGCUUUCCAACCAUCUCAAGCCCCCACAGGUAUCGCAGGCACCCAUCCAGUAGCGACUGGUGUGUCACAACCUGCAGCAGUGUCUGGAACACCGGCACCCAAUCCAUUUGCCAAUGCCGUACAGGCACAGCCUCCUGCCAAUACAGCACCACCAAAGUUCCCAUCGCCAUCAUUUCAAAAUCCACUCGCGCCAAUAAGUACCGCCACCCCGUUGACAGAGGUGAAAGCAGGGUCACCUGCCUCAGUCCUAGGAUCUGUACCGAGUACACUAUCUAGUGGGCAACUAGCCUCAGGUACCUCGAUUCAAUCCACGCCAGCACCAUUAGUUCCUGCAAACGGUUUGUUUCCGCCAUCACUUGGCCAAAAGCCAUCAUCACCUCUUCUGAAAUCUUCUGGCCUUACUUUCAAACCUACGGAUGAUGCUGGCCAGAAACCCUUAUCUACCAUCUCGGAGCAGAAACCUGAAAUUUCCAGUCAGAAGGGAGAUCUAUUUCCUUCCCUGUCGGCGGCGAAACCUGGGACAACAGGCGUGCCUGGACCAGCUAUUGACGCUGGCACUGCCUUCUCCGGCUCGUCAGACGCAUUCAAAUCGCUGCUAGGAACUACAUCUGUGCCACAACAGAGCGCCCCUCCUUUGAAGCCUGCUUCCCCUCCACCGCCCCCAAGGGACUUGAUGGGAAAUUUCACCAAAUGGUAUGUGUUGGGUGAUACAGGCCUUUUCGAAGAAUUCCAGACCUUCGUUGUCGAGGAUCUUGUGAGGGAGGUGUUUGAUACGUUUACCAAAGAGACAGAGGAACAGAAACAACGAGAAGAGGAGGAAGCCGCAAACGCCGAGGCGGAUCGCUGGCGGAUCUACAACCUGCGGCUAAAGUUCUUCUACAGAUGGAAGAGAAACGCUCGCAGCAAGAGACAACGCUUCCUUCUUCGGAGCGGACGGGAACAGAUGCGGGAGUAUUGGGAGGCUCAGAAAGAAGCCGAGAGAGAGGCAAAGUUGGAGGAGGAGCGGAAAACAAUCAAGGACAAGAAGGAGUUGGCUCGUAAACCUGAUGUUGAUCAUGCCGCCAAACUGCUGAGCGUGGCCAAGAGGCGUCGCGUUAGCAGAGCUCGUGAAGAGGAAAACCUGUUAUCUUCCGGGGUCCUCUCGGGAGUGAAAAACGAACGGGAAGCAGCGGCAAGAAUUGUGCGACCCGACAGCCCUGGAUCGGAUGUUGUUUUCGAAAAACCAGCAAGACCAUCGCCAUCGAAAGUUGGGGUUAAAGAAGGGGCAAAGACCAGGGCCCUUCGUGAACAACUACUGGGUAUCCAACCUGCUGGGUUCCGCCGCUCGCUGCCCAGCUCCUCAGUUAGGAGCAGCACAAGCCCAACACCGCCCAAACAUGUUAGUAGGGUUUCUGAGCGGUGGCGACUUAAAGCCAUGGGAUUCGUCCAGAUGCCCGAUGGCUCUGUCUUGCCCGAGUCGAUUGCCGAUGAGGUCUUGGCUAGCGGCAAGAGAUUCUGGACAGGAGCUCGGGCAUCAUCCUACAACCAGUCAGCAUUCAAUGUGUCAAGGGCCCACGCUUCUUCUAUUUCACGGCCCAGAGCUUCAUCAUACAGCACGCCAAAUCACAAUGACCAGACUUCUGCAAGCCAGGCGUCUGGCCACCUCACCCCGACAACUCCUCAGGCCGAUCAUGAGAUUAGCCACAUUAAGAGAAAAAGAUCAUUCAAUGACGACGGCGAGCUUUCAGUACAAGGUAGUGAGCAAUCGCGGCCCCAUAAGCGGACUGUGAGUGAUCUUGUCGAUAUCGCAAGCAAGGUCAGAAGCCAGCACCAGGAGCUCAAAGCUAUGCUUGAUGAUAUGAUGGGGGACGAUUUAAGCGAGCAACUCCAAAGCGAAAUCAACAGCAGAGGGACGACACCAUGGCAGGAAAGGUUUUAA